CCGAUGUAGCUUUCUUAGUGUACUGUUUCCAUGUGCUUAUUAAAUGAAUAUGUUGAGGCAAUGCAACGCACUGGUUAGCUAUCUAGGCUUUGUUUCGUGCUAAGUAUCAAUUAGGCUCGUUGCCCUUAACUUGUGCUGUCUGGUGCAGAAAAGACAUGCCUGCCUGCCACAAAACUAGAAAAUCAGGGAAGGAUACAGCUGUGCAGGGAACGAAUGACAGCAGUGUGGUUAGCAAGGUGUCUGCAUCAGUCUACGGUUACUUCCGAGAUGACUUUCAGCGGCGGUUUGUGUGCAAGGUGUCACGGCGAGCACCUCUCAUUAACAGGGGUUAUUAUGUGAGAUGGAGCGCUGUGGAUCAUUGUGUCAGGCAGUUUCUCCAGACCACAUCAAACUGCAGUAGAAGACAGAUGCUGUCACUGGGUGCAGGAUUUGACUCUCUGUACUUCAGACUGCAUGCUGAAGGGGUCUUGGAGAGAGUGACUGUGUUUGAGGUGGACUUUCCAGGUGUAGCCCAGAGAAAAGCAGCCUUGAUAAGAGCUGAUCCUCACUUGAAAGACUGGAAACCUCUCCUGUCCCAUGACUCAGGACCAUUGUACGUAUCUAACGAUCAGUACCGGCUUUUGGGCCUGGACAUCCGUCAGGAGAAGGAGGUGGAGGAAGCCCUGUGUGUUGCAGGGUUUCAGUGGAGUUGCCCAACGCUGCUGCUGUCUGAAGUGGUGCUCACCUACAUGGAGACAGAAGAAUCAGACAGUGUGAUUGGCUGGGCGGCAAGGCUCCUCCCAGAGUCCAUGUUUGUGAUGUACGAGCAGAUCCGCCCUCUUGACCCCUUUGGGAGAGUGAUGCAGGCUCACUUCCUGAAGCUCAACUCUGCCCUGCACGCACUACAGAGCUAUCCUUGCGUGGCAGCUCAAAGACAGAGGUUCUUAAGCAAGGGCUGGGAGGAGUGUGUGUGUUUAGACAUGAACCAGUUCUACCUGGGGCUCGUACCCCAGGAGGAGAGGGACAGAGUGGAGGGACUGGAGCCAUUUGAUGAGUAUGAGGAGUGGCACCAGAAGUGUUCUCACUAUUUCGUCCUCACUGCUUCCAAAGGCUCUUUGACCAGCCAGGCUCUCCUCACCUCGCCCACAGUGGCCCCUGUCCCUGCUCUGAAUCCUCUGCUGGAGCCUGAGCCCCUGAGGGUGAGGCCCUUAUCGGGUGACCUGUGCGUGGAGGGUCUGGGGAUGGCGUCGGCCCUGCUGGAGCCCCACCUCCUCAUGCUGACCGGAGGGUACGGGAGAAGUGGCAGAGAAACGGCCGUCAGGGUCCUCAUCAGAGACCAGGCCGGAUGGAGCUGGGCCUGUGUGGAGACCACCGUGGACUGGGAUGCCCGGCUGUACCACACCAUGACUGCAGUGUCAGGAUUGGGAUCGCUGGUGUUUGGUGGUAGGUCGUCCCCACUGAAGCCUCAUGGGGAUGUUCUCAGCAUGACCUAUGACCUCAGGGAACACACAGAAUCCAGUGCAUCACCUUCAUCAGUGACUGUGUCAUUAAAGGAAAUGGAAUGCAGUGGCUGUCACCCACAAGCAAGAUGGCGGCAUACUGCUACUUUGCUGAAAUAUAAUGACCAAACAUUAUUAUGUGUAUUUGGAGGACGCACAGAGGUGGAGCCAGUCUUGGGUGAUGUCCACUUCCUUGAUGUGGAGACCAAGCACUGGACAGAGGUUCCAGUGGAGGGCAUCUUCCCUGAAGCUCGGCAUUCGCACUCCGCGUGUGCCUAUCAGGAAGGUGUGGUCAUAUUCGGUGGUCUGGGAGGAAGAGGAAUUCCUUUAGGAGACACCAUUUUAUUAAAACCCAGCUCUAAAGGUUUCUGCUGGGAGACACUACAGGUGCAUCCUCCUGUUGUACCCAGGUAUUCCCACUCUGCCCAUGUGAUCGGUGAGAGGCUUGUAGUUGUGGGUGGGGUUUGGCUCCAUACGGAGGGUGUACCUGGAGUGGCAGUGAUCCACCUGGGCACAGGUAUCAGUGUGGAGUACCAUCUGGACACUUCUACCAUUCCUUGGCCCCUGAUGUUGCAUUCCUUCUGCUCUGAGCUGCUUGACCAGGACAGGUCAAAGGUCACGCUAAUUGGCGGAGGAGGGAACUGUUUUUCGUUUGGGACCCACUUGAAUAGCCAUCCUGUGACUGUGGACCUGAGUCCAGCACUUUUAGAAUGUACCACUUCACUUGCUGCAGAAGAACUAGGGGAGGGCAUGGCAACGUAGAACUCAGCAUUACAGUCAGAGACUUGUAAAGAAAAGCGGAGAAAAGUGCUUCUUAUUUAAAACCACAAGGCCAAACAA